GAGCUUGAUUGCAAAGCAAGCAACCCAAAUCCAACCGCAACCAUUACUAGCAAGUUACAAAGAAGCAGAUCAAAAGCAGCAUCCACCACAAUCUCAGCAUUCCAGUCCAUCAUGAACGCAGUAAAAAACAUCCAAUUCACCGCAGUCAAAACUCCCUCCCUUUUACCGCGGAGCCUCUCACGGCGGCUUUCAAAAAGAAGCUCAUGGUCAAGGAAGCAGUCUCUCCAAACUCAAGUCCAAAUCAGUGUCAAAGUCAAAGAUAUCCUACGGUGGACAUCUUUCCGCGACGAGAGGUUACCGCAAUCUCUGCCGUGGGAUUUCGCUUCUUCACCCCACCAUUGCACCACAGCCACCACCGUAACAGACACCACAACAACUACUACUACUUGUAGUAACAGCAGCAAUGGGUCAAGUUGGUGUGACAGUGAUUUUACCGCGGAGUUUUUACAGUCUCCAUGUGAUGGUGAAAAUGAGAUGGGUAAAAAAUAUUCACCAUGUGUCGGCAGAGUUUCCAUGGAAGCUACGGCAGGGCCAGCGAGAUGCAGUGAAUUGGACCCCAAGGUUGAGGUACUAAGUUGUGAUGAAGAUGAGCAACACAGCCCGGUUUCUGUGCUCAAUUUUCAAUUUGGGGAAGACGAGGAAGAGACGUUUUCGACUACUUUCGACCAAAGCCUUGCCAAUGUGGAGAGAACGAAAGUAAUGCUUAUGCAGAGACUCAAGCAAUUUGAGGGUCUUGCCAACCUAGACAACUCAUGGUUGUCACCGGAAGAAGGUCUCUACUAUGAAGAAGAAGCAGGAGAGCACGAAAUUGAAGAGAGAGCAAUGGAGAUGUUGAAUCAUGUCAAAGAAACCAGCUUGACACCACUCUACGAGGACAGUAUGGAAGAUAAACUCUUGUUGGAUUUCUUCAGAGAAGAAAUGGGUGCACAAAGAAAUGAUCAAACUGAAGAUGGGUUUGAUUGGGAGAUCAUCAGCAAAGCAAAAGCUUGGAUUAGUGGGGAAAAUGUUGCACCCUUUGAGUGGGGACUAGAGCACAAGAAAGAAGGCAUUGUUAGAAACAUGCAUAAAGGAGGGAAGUGGAUUAACAAGUUUGAGGAUGAGCAAGAGGAGUUGGCUAUGGAAAUACAGACUGCCGUGCUUGAGUACUUGGUGGAUGAACUUUCGGUUGAUCUCUUAUAAAGACACUUAUCUAAGUUCUUGAGCUCCAGUUUCAUUCCAAGAACUAAAUGGCCGGGUCUCAGCCUUCACACUCAAAUAGUGCCAUUGGUACUAGAAGUAGGAAUAGAUCGAAAAUGAACAAAAA